UCCCAUCUCUAUAUAGUCUCAGUCUCCUUAUUGUUCCUUGCCUCCUUCCCCUUUCUCCCUCUCCCUCGUCCCCCAGAUGUUCCUGUGAGCCUGCAUAAUACUAACUACCUUUAAGUUAGGAGGAGGGAGAAGGAGGAGAAGAAGAUGGGGUGGUCAUGGCAGUGGAGCUUGUGCCUGUGCGCGAUAGGGGCAUGUACGGUGAUGGCAGUCAAAGUGCUGGAGUAUUUGUGGUGGAGGCCCAGGAGGGUGGAGCGCCAUUUUGCCAAGCAAGGCAUACGAGGUCCCCCUUACCGUUUCUUCAUUGGCUGCGUCAAGGAGAUGGUAGGCCUCAUGCUCGAGGCCUCCUCUAAGCCGAUGAUGAUGUCUCAGAACCAGCACAACAUCCUUCCCAGAGUCCUCGCCUUCUACCACCACUGGAAGAAGAUCUACGGCUCCCCCUUCCUUCUCUGGUUUGGCCCGACUCCGCGGCUCGCUGUCACUGACCCCGACCUUAUCCGGGAGAUUAUGCUGUCGCGGUCCGAGGUCUUCGAGCGCUACGAGUCUCACUUGGAGGUCCGACGGCUGGAGGGCGAGGGGCUGGUGAGUCUCCGAGGCGAGAAGUGGGCUCAUCACCGCAGGGUCCUCACCCCUGCUUUCCACAUAGAGAACCUCAGACUGUUGAUUCCCUUCGUCGGUAAGACGGCGCUUGGCAUGGUGGAGAAGCUGCCGGUCUCCGGGGAGGAGGUGGAGAUCGACGUGUCGGAGUGGUUCCAGACCGUGACGGAGGACGCCAUCACCCGGACCGCCUUCGGGAGAAGCUUCGACGACGGCAAGGCCGUGUUCAAGCUGCAGACUCAGCAGAUGGCCUUUGCGGCUGAAGCUUUCCGCAAUAUAUUCAUCCCUGGCUACAGAUUUUUACCGACGAAAAAGAAUACCAGCUCGUGGAAAUUAGAGAAGCAAAUCAAGAACAGCCUGGUCGAGUUGAUUGGCCGGCGAAGGGAAAUGAAGGAGGAGGAGAAAGGGAAGCAGCCACCAAGAAAUGUGAAGGAUCUGCUUGGUCUAAUGAUCAAUGCGAGCGAACCCAAACAGAGCACGGCAGCGGAGUGCCCGCGAACAGUGCCGACGCCAGCGUCGUCGUGGAUGACCGUCCAUGACAUUGUGGAGGAGUGCAAGACGUUCUUCUUCGCCGGGAAGCAGACCACCUCCAACCUUCUGACGUGGACUACCGUGCUGCUGGCGAUGCACCCGGAAUGGCAGGAGCGCGCGAGGGCGGAGGUCCUCCGCGUCUGCGGUCCCCGCGACGUGCCCUCCCGCGAACACCUUCCCAAGCUCAAGACGUUGACGAUGAUAAUCUACGAGACGCUGAGGCUGUACCCGCCGGCGGUGGCGACGAUCCGGCAGGCGAAAGCGGAUGUGGAGUUGGGAGGAUACCAUAUCCCUCAGGGCACGGAGCUGCUGAUCCCAAUCAUGGGCCUGCACCACGACGCGGAGCUGUGGGGCCCGGACGUGGCGCAGUUCAAUCCGGAGCGAUUCGCCAACGGCGCCGCCCGCGCCGCCCGGCACCCGACGGCCUUCAUCCCUUUCGGCCUGGGCUCACGCAUGUGCAUCGGCCAGAACCUGGCGCUGCUCGAGGCCAAGAUCACCAUCGCCGUCCUCCUCCAGCGCUUCUCUUUCCGCCUCGCGCCCUCCUACGUCCACGCCCCCACCGUCCUCUUACUCCUCUACCCACAAUUCGGCGCCCCAGUCCUCUUCCGCUCCCUCACCUCAUGAUACACUCAAAAACUACAGAGCGUCUAUUCUUUUGGAAUGAUACACGGUUAACCAAGUCCCCGCUGCCCGCCAUGGCCACCACACCUUCUUGCCCAUGCAAAUCCAAGUUUCGUCCUUUAUCAAUGUUCUCCAAAUGUGGCAUUUCAGUACGUAUUCACCUUGUAUUAUACCACUCAUCCAACUAUUUCAAAUCAAUACAAAAUUUCUUCAUCUCGAUUAGUAUUCGCAAUGCAUGUGUCGUUGCACAUUCUCCUUUACGGGCAGCGAGAACACAGACAUGUGCAGGCAAGUAUAUCAAUGUGGAGGAGGGUUCAGUUAUCUCUGCUGUGCCCUGCUCCCCAUGAAAGCAUGUGGAAAGAGAGAUCCACGCCAUUUCUUCUAUCUUUUUGUUUUUUCCUUCCUUCCUUCCUUCCUUCCUUCCCUUUGUAUAAAGAUAAGAGAAGCCAUGUGAUCAUCUAUGCGCUACACUUUCCUUUGAGAUUAAGCUGAUCAUCUUUACCAACAUGCAAGCAGAACUUUAUCAUUGGACGCUGCUCUAAAAAGGUGUGAGGAAACCAUGGCUCUUAUCUUUCCGAGGUUAAUUAAUCAUCCAACAGAGACAACUUUAGGCAUGCAUGCCUACCAUGUUUAUGGUAAGCAGUGAAAGGCAGCAGCUCCGAGCUGCAAUCAGAAAGCUAAAAUAUUCAUAUUAAUCAUGACUGGGAUUCUAAAGAAUCCAUAGUGCACCACACAGAUGAUUGGAAUCGAGGAAUUUUAUCCAAAGAAAACUCUAUCUUGUUUUAUAAUAGUUCAAGUUUUGAUUUUCUGAUAGGUGGUAUUUCCUAACGGCGGAUCAUUUCAGAUUGUAGAAGGCUUGAAGCAUUGGAUAGAAAUAAAAAGUGGUUUCUGAUGUUAUCAGCUGAAAGCUGCAU